UUGGUGAAUUGGAACAUUCAAAGGUUUUAUUUCCUGCAGGAAAGUGGGUGUGCGGUGCCAGUGUUGGUGGUGGUCGCCCUAACCGGGGUGAAAAUAUGCGACCCCGACGACCAGAGUGUGCGCAUGUCGCACGCGCUGCGCCGCAUCUCGUACGCAACUUGUGAGGCGGCCCGUACGUUGUUCGCGUUCGUCGCCCGAGAGCCACGCUCCGACCCCGCCGUCCAGUAUUGCCACGCCUUCGAAACCGAUACGCCGGAGCAGGCGGAGGAGUUGAAUACGUUGGUGGGAGAUGCAUUCCGAAUGGCGUUCGCCUCGCAGUUACAGCCCUCUGCUCCACUGUGGAGUAAGGAGCUAAACGGCGGGACAUGCACUCGCGCCCCUGAUACACUGCCGGGACUUACGCAUCACUACCCACACUGCUUGGACAGAUCGUCAGCGCAAUGCGACGCGAUGGGCGGGUCAAACCUUGCGAACGAGGCGAGUCCAAGCAGCUCGGAGGAAUCGUCGCCGACGGAGCUGAGCUGCUACCGGAGGCUGGGCGAGCGGCCGCCGCUUAUGAGACGCCUUGCGAGAGGACUCACGCUGCUCCAGCCAUCUGACGACGACUCCACGCCGCUUGUCACCGAUACUCCCACAACACCCACAAACGUCCCGCUGUGUCUCAACAGCGGUUACAUCAACGAGGCUUCGGAAGCUGAGGCGCGAACGCGGGAAAGCAACCGUGAACACGUGACCCGCGAUCUGUCAACGCACUGUGACCUCGACUUUAGGAAAUGCAAUAAUGUUGCCAAUAGCAGUCCGGCGACAGGCAGCGGUGGGGCGUCGUCUUCUUCAGGAGCGUCCUCCUGUGGCACCUCGCUUGCUUCCGGCAACAACAACGCGCGCCCCGAGCCCGAGCUGCGACACGCGCCCUGGUUCCAGCAAGGCAUUCCCAGAGAGAUCGCACUGGAGGUGCUGGGAGCUCAGUCGGUGGGCGCGUUCCUGGUGCGUGGCUCCACGACUCAGGCGGGCUGCCUGGCGCUCUCGCUGCGCGUCCCGAGGGACUUCGCGCCUCAUGGCAUUGCGCACUACCUCAUCCUGCGCACGCCCAAGGGAUACAAGAUUAAGGGGUUCACGAAGGAGUUCGGUUCGCUGUCGGCGCUGGUGACGCACCACAGCGUGAUGCCGGAGCUGCUGCCGGUGCCGCUGCGGCUGCCGCGCGCGCCGCGCCCGCCGCGCGCCGACCUCGAGCCGCUCGAGCGCCUCGCGCCCGCGCGCACCGCUCACCCCCCGCACCCGCCGCACCCACCGCACCGCGCGCAGCUUGACGUCUAG